CAAACAGUUGUUUUGGCGGAAAACAACCAGUGUUUCCAAGUACCUACAUGUACUAAAUUUUGCUAUAUGCUUGCUCAAAUUAUUUCAUGAGCAUUGUGAUUUCUAAUUGUUGCAAAAUAUUAUUUGUGAAAGACUUAUUAAAUCAAACCUGAAAGUUAAAAACACGCUACCAUGGGAAUUAAAGGUCUAUCGCAGCUUAUUGCAGACGUGGCUCCAUUUGCCGUCAAGGAAGGAGAGAUCAAAAACUUUUUCGGGAGAAAAGUUGCGAUCGAUGCCUCUAUGUGCUUAUACCAGUUCCUUAUCGCUGUUCGAGCAGAAGGAGCCCAGCUGACAUCAGUGGACGGAGAAACGACCUCCCAUUUAAUGGGAACUUUUUACCGCACUAUACGCCUUUUGGAAAAUGGUAUAAAGCCCGUUUAUGUCUUUGACGGCAAACCUCCAGAGCUUAAAUCUGGCGAAUUAAGUAAACGUGCCGAGAAACGUGAAGAAGCUCAAAAAGCAUUGGACAAAGCAACUGAAGCUGGAGCAACCGAGGAUAUUGAUAAAUUCAACAGACGCUUAGUGAAAGUAACCAAACAACAUUCGAAUGAAGCUAAAGAAUUAUUGAAGCUGAUGGGGGUACCGUUCGUGGAUGCACCAUGCGAAGCAGAAGCACAAUGUGCCGCAUUGGUAAAAGGCGGAAAAGUUUAUGCAACCGCCACUGAAGAUAUGGACGCACUCACGUUUGGCUCGAGCAUCCUGCUGAGGCAUUUGACAUUCAGUGAGGCACGCAAAAUGCCAGUGCAAGAGUUUAACUAUGAAAAACUCCUAAAGGGUUUCGAAUUAAACCAGGAUGAAUUCAUCGAUCUUUGUAUUUUACUAGGAUGUGACUAUUGCGACAGCAUUCGUGGCAUUGGGCCAAAAAAAGCUAUCGAAUUAAUUAAUAAGUAUCGGUCAAUUGAAAAAAUUAUUGAAAACAUCGACACCAAGAAAUAUAUUAUACCGGAAGACUGGAACUAUAAGCAGGCGCGACAACUAUUCAAGGAACCGGAUGUGACCCAUCCGGAGAAAAUUGAAUUAAAAUGGAGCGAACCGGACGAAGAAGGCUUGGUAAAAUUCUUAUGUGGCGAUCGUCAAUUCAACGAAGAUCGCAUUCGUGCGGGAGCUAAGAAAAUUUUAAAAACAAAAUCAACAGCAACUCAAGGGCGUCUUGAUUCUUUCUUCAAAGUUCUCCCAUCGACCCCAACUCAAAAACGAAAGCCUGAAGAGAAGAAAACUCCAGCAUCCAAAAAAGUAAAAACAGGAGGGAAGCCGGGACGAAAACCCAAAUAAAAAUAAGAUACCAGUUCAUUAUUUAUAAUAAUAAGUAUUGUUUCAUGUCAAAUUUAUCUCCAAUAAACUUGUAAUCGCUCGAACGCA